AUGUAAGUAACUGUAGAAAAAAUUUGUUCCUUUUCAAAUCCCCUCUCUUCACCACAUGAAGUUAAUGGAGACAUCUAUAUGGUAUCUGAGAAUGGAGACAUUUUAGUAAUGAACAAUGAACUCACCAUUGAUACUAGAAUGGGAGGACAGCCAUCAUCAAUAGCAAUUGAAAGAGAUCAUAUUUUGAUCUACAUAGCUGAUAUGGCACAUUAGUCGAUUACAUAUCGGCAAUUAAAUUAGCUCUAAUAAUAAUCAAACAAUCAAAAUUAGGAAGGAGCAAAGGAUUUUGUUACUGAGUAUGAAGGGAUGCCUUUCCUGGGUCCUAAUUAAAUUGCCAUCUCAUAUAACAACUUAAGUAAUCUAAAUUCUGAAAGUAAUAUUAGAUGCCCUCUUUUUUACAGAUUCAGGCCCUUUUGGGGAAACAAACGUUGAAAAUCCAAUUGGAUCUGUAUUUAUGGUUGAUUUGGAUGGUUAGGAAAUUAAACCAACUGCUCUAGCAUAUAGAUGUCUAGCUCAUCCAAGUGGAUUAGCUUUAAGUCAUGAUGAGAAGAGUCUAUUUGUAAGCGAGACUUGUGAGAAUCGUAUCAUAAGGUUUGUACUCACAAAUGCUGGAAUUUAUGCUUUUAGGUAUAUGAUAAUUGCUAUCGUUAAGUGUUUAUCAUCAAUUCUCAGGCAGAUUUGGACCAACUGCACUUGUAAUCUCCCAAUCAGACUUUCUUUAUGUUGCUCGUUUCGAAUUCUCAGUAGGUAAUGAAAAUGAGAUGGGUUUGAUAUCUGUGUUAAAUCCUCAAGGAUAACUUUUAGAGAAUAUUUUAAUUCCAGGAAGUCCAGAAAUUACUGGAAUGUGUUUUUCUCUCAUCAAACCAACACAUUUAUAUUUGACAGACAAUUCUAACAGAUCCAACCGUUUAAUAAAAUGCGUCAUUCCUUUAGAAGACAAGGACGAAGAGAAGAAGAAAAAAGACAAGGACUCUUAUAAGGUUAAGUGA